UAUUUUUGUGGUAUUUUUUGCUCUUCGCCACACGGUCAGCUGUUUAUACUACAAAACAAUCGCUGUUUGGAAAUGGACACGGAGCUAACCAACAAGGCCAUUGCCGAGCUGAUGCGCGAAAUCGAGGCCCAGAAGUCCGGUAUUCUUAUCAGCCACAAGCAAAGUGAGCGAAAAGUGAAUCCUUUGGGAAAACCAAACAAACGUUUUUUGGGCCGUACCAUAAAUACGGCUCUUCGGCAUAAUAAAAGAGAAAAGGAACGCACCCAGGCUAAUUGUCGGCAGAAGUUACAGGAUCUGGAUGAUAUAAAUGAAAGGAGAAGGUCUAACUCCUUCUACAAUAGAAAUUCCGGCAGGAAUCGGAGUGUGGAUAGGAGCAGAGACAGAAGUUCAAGCAGAAGUCGCAGCAGAAGUCGAAGCAGGAGUCGCCGGAAAAAGACAAAAAAACGACGAAGCAGAAGCAGUAGCAGCAGUUCCAGUCGCAGUCGCAGUCGUUCACAUCGAAGAAAAAAACAUAAAAAAAAGGCCAAGAAACACAAGAAAUCCCAAAAAAGGAACCGGAAGAGCAGAAGCAGCAGUGAUGAUCGGAAAGUUGCGCCCAGCGAGAAUAUACCUAUAGCCCAACCCUCGGAAAUAUUCCUCAACCACUCUAAGCAAAUGGCUUUGGCCGUGGCUAUGGCAUAUAGUCAAGUUUUUAGUGCAAAUAGCCAAGAUGAAUCCAAGGAACAGCCGUCUUCCCCUCUCAGCGAUAUAGUUCGUGAACUGAUGUCCGACGAAGAGCAGAACAACCCAGAUAUUCCCGAUGUCCUUUCAAUUUCAUCCAGCGACGAAGAUGAAAAUGUUCUGACUAUCAAAGUAAGCUCAAAUUCAGAGUCCGAUGGCGAUUCCUCAAGCUUGGAUACAGACUCAGACCUAAAGGACAGUGCUGGCAGCUGCAUAAACCUAGAAGAAUCUGAAUCGGAUAAGAACAGUGAUAUAGAAAUAAUCGCGUGCCAUAAACAGCUGGAAAAGGUCAGAGCACCUCCUCAACCCAGUAACGAAAAUAAGCAAGUCGGCGAAUGUGCCGACCUCACCACCGUGGACCUGACUGAAGAAUAAAUAGGAUAAUGUUUAGUUAGAAAAUCUAUUCAUCAUUAACCAACAUCACAGGUUAUAGUUCUCCGUUAAUCAAUCUCUGGGAGGCAAUUUGUUAGUUCUAACAAGGUUGUAAAUAAAUGUGGCAUCAGAUUGACAGAUGUAAGCCAAUAAGUAAUUCAAAGAUAUUAGAAUUUUGUUACAAAAAUGUUUUAAUAUAAUAAAUGUAUAUUUUAUAUGAAACUGAGGAAGAAAA